CGCAGAAGACCGGCGGCAGCGGCGGGGGUGUGUGUGUGUGGACUGGACUGUAACCAAUUGCCAUCAAUCCAGGCAUCCAUCCAUCCACCCGCCCCGCUGACGGCGGCAAUGGCCCGGCUCGUGCUCUCCGAGUGCUGCGGCCUCGCGCCGCUCCGCCGCCUGCGCGCCGGCCGGGGCGCCAUUGCGGCGCCGUCACCCCCCGCGCUCUCCGCGGCGCCGCGCCGUCGUCCCGCGUCCGCGUCCAUCCACCGCGACUGGGCGCUCCGCGUCUCCGCGCCCACCCGCCUCGCCUCCGCCGCCGUCGAGGAGGACAAGCCGAGCGCCGCGCCGGGGCAGGAGGAGGGCGCGGCGGCCGGCGGGGAGUUCGACCCGGGGGCGCCGCCGCCGUUCGGGCUGGCGGAGAUCCGCGCCGCCAUCCCCAAGCACUGCUGGGUCAAGGACCCCUGGCGCUCCAUGAGCUACGUGCUGCGCGACGUCGCCGUCGUCCUGGGCCUCGCCGCAGCGGCCGCGCGCCUCGACAGCUGGCUCGUCUGGCCGCUCUACUGGGCCGCGCAGGGCACCAUGUUCUGGGCGCUCUUCGUCCUCGGCCACGACUGUGGACACGGGAGCUUCUCGAACAACCCCAAGUUAAACAGCGUCGUCGGCCACAUACUCCAUUCCUCCAUUCUUGUGCCAUACCACGGAUGGAGGAUUAGCCACAGGACGCACCAUCAAAACCACGGUCACGUUGAGAAGGACGAGUCCUGGCACCCGCUACCAGAGAGGCUGUACAAAAGCCUGGACUUUAUGACUAGGAAACUGCGGUUCACCAUGCCGUUCCCCUUGCUCGCGUUCCCGUUAUACUUGUUUGCGAGGAGUCCAGGGAAGUCAGGAUCACACUUCAACCCAGGCAGUGAUCUGUUCCAACCUACUGAAAAGAAUGACAUCAUAACAUCGACGGCGUCCUGGCUGGCCAUGGUUGGUGUUCUGGCCGGUCUCACCUUUCUGAUGGGUCCUGUUCCGAUGCUAAAGCUCUACGGAGUCCCAUACUUGGUAUUUGUUGCUUGGCUGGAUAUGGUCACAUACUUGCACCAUCAUGGCCACGAAGACAAGCUUCCCUGGUACCGUGGAAAGGAGUGGAGUUAUCUGCGUGGAGGACUGACGACGCUCGACCGGGACUACGGAUGGAUCAACAACAUCCAUCACGACAUCGGAACUCAUGUCAUCCAUCACCUCUUCCCUCAGAUCCCGCAUUACCAUCUCAUCGAGGCGACCGAGGCAGCAAAGCCGGUUCUUGGCAAGUACUACAAAGAGCCGAAGAAGUCGGGUGCUCUGCCGUGGCACCUAUUCCGGGUGCUGGCACAGAGCUUGAAGCAAGACCACUAUGUCAGUGAUACCGGAGAUGUGGUCUACUACCAAGCUGAGUCGAAAACGAGCACCUCUGCACUAAAAUCCGAUUGACAGGGAGUAUAGAGCGUAGCGUGUUCUUCAUUUUUCUCGGGGAGGGGCUGUGCCUGAAGACCUGACCAGCCUCCACCUCUGAUUAGCGUGAGUGGGUACGUCGACUGAAGAAUGUAAGCUGGCGAAGUAGUACCAUGUAUGUAUGGAGAGGGUUAAAUGUAAUUCUUUCCAAUGGUCCAAGGCGGAUGCUGCUUCCGAUGUAGCAGCAUGCGAUUCUUUGGACAAGAGGUAUACUAUUACAGUGAAGAGUGAAAAAAAGAGAGAGUUAGC